AUGGAUCCUCUCCCUGCAUACCAUGAGCUCAACAAAGAUGUUACCACCCUCGCCGCUCGGUAUCUCAACACCUCCGAUCUCUACCUUGGCUGUCUCGUCAAUUCUCACUUCAACGAGAAAUUUGGCAAUUAUCUCUGGGCUAACCCAUUCAGAGACGUAGCCCAAAGAAAAGAGCCAUGUAGACUUGUUACCAAAUUCUUCCUUGCCUCUACAAAACAUGAUCUCAAGACGCUCAAGAGAGUUCGAGUUCUCGACCUGCGUGCACUCCACGAGAUCAGACGUGACAGAGCUCAAACGCAAGAUUGCAUUGUAUUUGGGGCCCAUCUGAAGCCCGAGUGGUUCUUUAAGUUCUUCAAGAAUUUUUCAAAUCUCAAUUGCAUUCUUCUCGCACCAACGUGCUCUGAAGACUAUGGCGUGAUUACCGGUGCUGACUUGCCAGAUGAUGAUCAUGCAUCACCACAGCCAGAAUUCAUGAGCGCAGCUGGUUGCAAUACCUUCAACUACUCCCUGCUUCUCAACCACAAUAUAACCAAAAACCUGAUAUAUCUCGACGCAUCCGAGACUGCCCGCAGCACAAACUGGAGAGCCAUGUUCACCCAACAGAAUCUUCCCAAACUGAGGAUCUUGAAGCUGCGAUGUCUGAGAUUGACAGAUACCAUGUUACCACCCAUCGUGACCAACUCUAGAGGACAGAUUUGGUCUCUAGAUCUUCGUGAUAAUCUCUUGACUGAUAAUGUAAUCUACCCUCUGAUACGAGGGUGUUUCCUGGGACGAUUACCAGAUUACAAACAUGGUCCAUUCUGUGCAAUAGAUGAUGAGCUGUUUGAAGACCCUCCAGUUUAUAGUGAGGUGAAUGAAAGUAGCGAUUCGUCUCCGAGGACAAUAACUACACUUCGCCCUGAUAGUAUUCAUGACGUCGAAAGUUCUAGACACGGAAUAAAUAUCCUUCAGCGAAGAAAUAAUGCUGAAGAUAAUCUUUUACUGGUGACAGGCCUAACUCACCUAUACAUAUCAAACAACAAAUUCACAGCUCUUGCAUCUAAAAUCCUCCUCGCUAGCACUAAUUCCCUACAAGUCCUAGACAUCGGAUCCACCCGCCCCAAUCCAUCCAGCAUCGACACCGACACACACCAACACAGCAUCCCCUACCUCUCUCGAAAAUGGCAGCCGCGUCUAGAAGUCCUCCGUAUCCACCACUCUAUCGUAACACUCCAACCACCAACCACCAAACCUUUCAACAAAAACUCCCAUUCCUACUCCGACGAGUCCCCAAUCACACCCACCCCACCAGAUGACACCACCCCCUUCGACCCCCUCAAUACCCCCCGUCUACACACCCUAACCCUAACCUCCCUACCUCGCAAAUCGCCCUCACCAUCACCCACAAACCCCAACCUCCUCCCUCCUCUCCAGCACCUCCUCCACCGCCUCACCACCCAAGAACAAACCAUCCAAGACAUCCUCUCCACCCAAAAACCCCUCACAAACCGACGCGCUCCCCCCCUCUACCCCGGCUUGCGAAACCUCAUCCUCGAGUUUCUACCCGAGGAGCGAGUUGCCCACUACGGUACUGGUGGUGGUGGACGUUCAAUUACGAAUGAUCAGGACGCGGAUGCGUAUCACCAAGAAUUAGCUCGGGAUUUUUCGUUUCUGAGUCAGGAGGAUGUUUCCUCCGCGACGGCGACGGGGAUGGGGAAAGAGAAGGUAAGAAAAGAGAAUGAAGGAGUGCAGGAGGUUGAUAUUGUAGAAGAGUUGAGAAAGUGGAGAAAGAGCGAGGUUUUGCGUUGGGGUGGGAACUUGACGAUUAAGCUGUUUUAG